CUAGACUAAGAAAGUCCACUGAUCAGCCCAAAUUGCUUCAAUCCUCCAAUGUAAAUUGAACAAAAAGCCCAAACAAAAGAAUUUGGAGGGAAAUUUUUUCAGGGAAAACAAUGAACAGAAGACGCCACCAAAUCAUCUGUUCCUCCGACGAAGAAGACGGCGACGACGAACCUCAGCAAUUCGCCGGCGGCAAUGAAGAAAAUGAAAAUCCUAACAACAUAGAAAUUGAAAUUCUAGAAUCGUCUACUAACUUCCAAUCAGUAACCCUAAAUUCUCCCAUCCAGAACCCUACACCUAAUCGUGAGCCAAACGUCGACGUUUCUGAAGUUGUACGAGCUGCGGAUUGUGGCAUUGGUCGGGCAUUGGAAGGAUUAGGGCUAAGAUUGCGGAGGGAAUGGUUAGAAUCAUGUGUUGGAGGACUUGAAGGAUCAGUAGUAGGAGAGUUUUCUGGAUUGGAUGAUACGACGAAGGCUAAACUUUGUUUCGAGCAGUUUUUGUACUCGGAUAUGAAUUCUUGUGGUGCAGGAAUGCUUCCAAGGGACGUUCACAAGCUGCAUUUGGUUGAUCUUAAAGGGCCCUUUGUACUUCAGAAAAGAAGUAAAAGGCAAUUGGUGAGAAGAGGCUCAUUUGUGUUCUUGGGUUUGAAAAUCAAAGUUCAUUCGCUUAAUUUCUUUCAUAACAGUUGCUUACUGAAACCAUUUUGGAAAGAUGAGAUUGUGAAUAUCAGUUGUCCUCUUCGAGAUAGGUAUCAGAAUGUAGCUGCUGGAAUAAAGAGGUGUCUGAAAUUGUCCAUGACUGAUGGUAUUCAACGAGUGUUUGGGAUGGAGUACAGGCCUAUAAAAGACCUCAAUGUUCUGGCUCCUUCUGGACUGAAGGUUGCUAUCUGUAAUGUUCAUGUUAGGCAUGGAAUUCUGAUGUUGGUCCCUGAAGUUAUUGAAGUUCUGGGUGGGAUGGUGGAAGAGUUAGAAGAAGCAAGGAAACGGCUAGUUAAUGAAAUAAAUAAGCCACCAAGGGGGAAAAGAACAAGGUCUGGCGUGGUUCCUCCUUUGGCAACUAGAGCUACUGCUGCUGCAUGGCCACGAGAAGGUGUUACUGUUCCAGAGCACUCUGAUACUUCCUCAAGACAAAAUAUGCAUUUUCAGGUUCAUGAACGAGGAACAUCUGGCAUUGCUACUACUGCAACUGAAGAAAUUCAUCCCGUUACAUCUGGGCUACCAUCUUCUACGUCAUUCACCACUCCUGUUUAUAGAAGAGAGGCUCAAUCUAAUUUCCCAUCUACUCCAGCUGUUUCUGUCCCAUUCAAUAGGAACACUGGACCUACCUUUUCAUCUGAUGCAGCUAGUCAUGCAGAGGAUAUCCAUAUGGCUGACAUGACCACCGAAGGCAUUGAUGUUCCAAUUAGAAGGGAACAUAAUGACCCUGUCCUUUCAUCUUCUUCUUCCAUGGAAGUGGAGGAACUUUUGUCAGAUGUUAGAAGUGACCCUGCCACACCUGCCAGUAGCAGGAGCAGAGGAAGCGUUCGUGUCUCUAGUGAUAGUUUCCAUUAUGAAGAUGUAACACCAGAUACAUUGUCUACUGCAGCAAUUGACGUUGAUGAAAUUGAUUUGGUUGAUGAAUUGGACCAUCCAUAUAUACUUUCUGGAGCAAAGGAAAACCCUUUCACUUACUUAGCUAGUCUGUCAGCUAAGCAGGCUGGUAUGCAUGGCAGUGCUUCCACUGCUACAGGAAAAAUUAAGUGCUUUCUUACUGGUGUGAAGGGAUUUCAGUAUAAACAGAGUAGUAAAUACGAGCUUCGGGUUUAUGUUGAUGAUGGCAGCCUAAUCUCUGAGAUCCUUAUAGAUCAUGCUCUUGUGCAGGAAAAAAUAGGCUUUUCUCCUGCAGAGGUAAAUGCUGCUCUUAGUUCUUCAGAUAGCAAACGAGUCAGUGACACGAAGGAGACACUGAAAUGUUUCCAGAAAUUCUUGAUUAAUUUUGAGGGAACAAUGCUUGUUCAUUUGAAUGAAGAAUCUCCAAUUCCAGUUGCUACUGAAAUGAACCAGGGGUGCUCUGCCUCUGAUGCAUGGUUGCUUCUCAAAAGACUUAAACCUUCUACUUCUCCGCGACAACAUCAUCUUCAUCACUCAGAAACCAUCAAUUUAUCCCCUUGAUGUGUCGUUGGUUCAUGGGGAAUUUCAAAACCACGAGAGCAAGGUGAGUUAGAGUGACAUUGCUCAAUUCAGAAAGUUGUUGCAUGAGAUGACGCCCAGAAGCAAUGGCGUUAAUGCAAAAAUAGUUCACCUGUGAUUCAAACAAUGAAAUGACUUCUCAAAUUGCGGAGCCAGGGUGUAUGUGUUAGUUUUAAAAGAGUCCUGUUAGUUAACUAAGAGCUGGUAGUAAAUAAGACUCUUAUCUGAUAGGUUUGUCCUGGUCUUUAGGAAGUUGUUUUAUACGUGGGUUGUUGUCUAGUUUUUAGGAGAAAGCUUUGUAUGCUAAUUCCUAAUUUUUUUAGUCGAAGUCUGUGUUUUAUUUUGCCAUAAAAAAGCAGCAUUGAAAAAUAUCAGUCAAGCAAAUUUCUUUCCACGUUUA